GACGACGGUGAUGUCCAUGUCGCACAUGAUCGAUUUUCCUAAAAUUCCAUUCUAGGUGCUGACUUUCACCAUUGCGAUGCGCAUGGAGUUACACGAGAUACUGGUAAUCCCAGUCCGCAAAUCUCAAAAAAUUGUUUUGAAAGAAGACCUCUAGCUAGCUGAUAUUGCACAAACAGCUAUCUACACAGUCUCCACUAUGAUAGUGGUUCCCGACACAGCUCUAUCGUGAUUUUCGCUGGCUUUGACGGACGCAACCCAGUCUCAGGAUAGACAUUUUGCAUUUACUUACCCGAUUUACGUGGUUGACAUUAAGCAUGGAAGACAACUCACAACCCACAAGCCCUGAGGAGCAUCCUCAGUCGGCUCCUAGGGACUACCUUGAGCGCAACCCGUCUUCCGCCUCAAGGUCCACGGCACAUUCGCAUUCGCGUACCAGAUAUCCCGAUUUCGACUUCAACCCAGGGACUGUUCGACGUCGCUUAGGCAGUGGGACAACCAGCAUAAAUCCAAGUCCAGGCCCAGCUCACUCCAUAGGGGGUUUCCUUCGUCCGACUCGGAGCAGAAGGUCCAUACUUGUUGCAAAGCCAUCACGGUUUUCACUACGAGGACAAGACGAAGACGAUGAUGCUGCAUCACGAAAAUUCUCUCUGGCAGGCCCGGCGCCACUAGACACUCUGGCCGCCAACCAACCCUACGUCGACCCUGGCUAUGCACAACUCAACCCUGCCUACGACCAGCCGACAAACGUCCGACCAGUAUGGGGUCUAGCCAAACCUCUGCCCCAUGUCCUCAGACCGGGCAUGGUUCCAGCAAAGGAUGAACUAGAAAAAGAAGUUCAAGCACAGCAAGGAGCAGCCGCAGCCCAGCCCGAAGCCCUUGGCGACCUUGAAGCCGGCAGGAUCGAACCCACGCUCAGACCGGAUAAGGUCGCUGAUCAACUCGACAGCAUCCGGCGAGAACGAGAGCUCUCUUUGUUCCGCGCUUAUCAACAUCUUCACGGAGAAGCGCCCACCGGCUCGCCAUUUCCUUCAGUACGGGCACGGCGAGCGUCGGAUGCACCUACAGAGACGCCGUACGUGCCUACAAUCCGCGAAGAACCAGAGGACUUGCAACAAGAAGAAGAGCAAGCCCUCGAAGAUGAAAUGCCCCAACUAGCACAAGCAAUAGCGAAUGUCAAGCAAGCCAGACAAGAAGCAGAAGAAGACUCGAAGCUGUCUUAUCAAGAUGCGAUUCCUUUACUAGCGUACGACGCCGAAGACGACGAAAUCCACAAUCUACAUACAUACUGGUCCCUGAUCCGACUACGCUUUAGGGAGCCGCUUGCAGAACUUCUCGGGAUCUUCGUUCAGUACACACUAGGUUUCAGCGCGAAUCUCUCAAUGACAGUAUCUCGCGGUUCGGCGGGCGCCGGCGACACAGGGUCCUGGGCGUGGGGCCUUGCAACAAUGAUAGCGAUUUACAUAGCCGGUGGGAUAUCCGGCGCACACCUUAACCCAGCCAUAUCGCUCACACUGUACAUCUACCGAGGGUUUCCAAUUGGCAAAAUGCCGGCCUACAUUGUGGCGCAGUUCGUGGGAGCAUUUCUCGCCGCGUUGGUAUCCUUUGCCAUCUUCCGGCCAGGUCUCCUUGCGCUUCACGCAGAGCAACAAGCCAUGUUAUUCCAAAGCACGGCGGCUAUGGCAGCGAAGUCAUCAUCAGAACUGAUCUCUUUAUCAACUGUACUACCCAACUUCAUCACCUUUGCCCGCACACCCUGGGUCGACACCCCCACGGCCUUCCUCACCGAACUUGUCGGCACAGCCAUCCUGGUCAUCGCAGUCCUCGCGCUGGGCGACGACACGAACGCACCACCAGGUGCCGGCAUGAUGGCGUUUGUCGUCGGAUUAUUGAUCGCAGUCCUGGGCAUGGCAUUCGGAUACAACACCGGGCUGGCAAUGAAUCCGGUCCGCGACUUUGGACCGCGUGUAGCAAUGCUGCUCCUCGGAUUCGGCGACGGCCGCACUUUGUUUGCCGACGGGUACUGGUUCAAAGUAGCGUGGCUGGGUCCCAUUGUCGGAGCGAUACUCGGUGGCUUGCUGUAUGAUGGCGCCAUCUUUGUCGGUGGUGAAAGUCCCGUCAAUUAUCCCACCCGCCGGAUAUGGCGAGCUGCAAGGAAGUGGAGAGAACGGUGGAGAGUGAGGUUAACGAGAGCGAAGAGGAUCGUCAAGGAUGUUAAGGAUGAUGUGGUUGGUGGUGGUUAUGAAGCUCUACGGGGUUGA